UUUGGGCGCCAUCAUUUUGGCAACACUGUCUUACACGUUGGCGUUCAACAGUCAACCACAAUUGACCAUAAAAGCAGUGAAAAACAAAACGUUUGACGACUUCUAUAUCAUCGGGCAAACAUUCGACACUGGAAACAUAGCAGAUUGUCUGGAGCACUGUUUAGAGGACUGUCUGUGUCAGUCGUUUCAAAUUUGUGGAGGGACAAAAUGUCAGCUGUGUUCAAGUCACAAGGAAGAGAACAGCUCAUUGCUUCAUGACAAUGAUACCUGCAUCUAUGCUAUGUACGAGAUGCGAAAUGCUCAG